AUGACUCAGUCUCCCAGCAUGCCACAGGGCUCUGAACUGGAUCUGCUGGAGCUGCUGGAGCUGCUGGGGCUGUGGAUCUCCUACCAGGACACCAACUCUAUUCCAGCUGAAGAGCGCCUGUCCAUCUGUCUGUGGUUUCUUGCCACUGGGGACUCCUACAGGACCAUUGCGGGGAGCUUCAGAGCGGGCAUAUCCACCGUCUCCAUGCUCAUCCCAGAUGUGUUCUUCCCAUACGGAGAUGCAUCCAAGUUCGCUCAGCACGCCUUCAGGACCUUCGAUAAGAACGGAGAUGGCACCAUUGACUUCAGGGAGUUCAUCUGCGCUCUGUCCAUCACCUCUAGGGGGAGCUUUGAGCAGAAACUGAACUGGGCUUUCAACAUGUACGACCUGGACGGGGACGGCAAGAUCACACGGGUGGAGAUGCUCGAGAUCAUUGAGGCGAUCUACAAGAUGGUGGGCACCGUGAUCAUGAUGAAGAUGAACGAGGACGGUCUGACGCCUCAGCAGAGAGUGGACAAGAUCUUCUCCAAGAUGGACAAGAACAACGACGACCAGAUCUCACUGGACGAGUUCAAGGAGGCGGCCAAGAGCGACCCCUCCAUCGUACUACUGCUGCAGUGUGACCUCCAGAAAUAA